AUGGCAAUUCACCGGAGCUCUAACGGUUGUUAUUCCUAUAUGAAAAAAAGCACAAUCAAUUCGGCACGUCCAAUCACUCUCGAAGUAGAAACGCGAAAGAAACAAAUUUUUAAGCAACUGGAAUCGCGCGUAUGGCUAAAAACAGAAAGCCUAACGCAUUACGUACUAUCUAUGCAGCAAAUAGCGCAAAAUGCACCCAUCGACGAGAGCGAACUGGUCGAGUUCAUAGUGGACGGCUUGCGCGAUAACACCGGCGCCGCAAUGAUAUUUGGCGGAAUUACUACGUUGGAGGCGCUUAAGGCAUUACUACCAAAAUAUGAAAAAAUGUCGAGAAACCUUCCGAAUCGCAACAACGCCAGCAGUGAGACGGCAAGGUGCUAUAACUGUUCACGCUAUGGGCAUAUGGCCUGGGACGGCAAGCAAGAAAAACGCGCGAAAGGCUCCUGCUUCAAAUGCGGCAAGGUAGACCACAUAUACAAAAACUGUCCAGCAAAAACAAUAGCGGCGAUGGAAGGCGAUGAAGAAGACUAUAAGUCAGUACAUUAUAGAGAAACGCCCGAAUAGCUUCAUUAACCUGACAUCGGUAACAAACGUUAUGAAAGAUUAUAAACCAGGAAGUGAAAAUAUACAGUUCAGAAGUAUUGGACGAUCUAAAAUAAAUCCUCAGGGAAAAAUUCCAGUUUUGCUUAAGUUUCGUAAUAGCAUACAACCACUAACACUUUAUGUACUCAAAGACGAUGAAAUGCCAUUUAAGUUGCUAUUAGGGAGAGAUUUCCUACAAUCAUUUAAAAUAAAUUUGUUUAUGAAAAAAUCGGUCAAUAAAGAAAAUGAAUUUGAUAAACUUUAUAAGCAGAAUCUUUUUAGUGCUAUUAGUGGAAAUAGUGAACAGGCAAGUUGUAAAACUCAAACGAGGUGUACUGAAGUUGAAAAUAACUUGAACAAUUCCGAAAAUCAA